GGCGCUCGCUCCCGCGCCAGGCUGGUGGAAAAAACUGCAGCGGCUGUUGCUGGAGCCACGCAGAGAAGAGCGGUGUGGGAGAAAUCACGGGCACUGGCAAGAGUUGAGCGGCACACAGUCGCACAACACAGGCAGAUUUUGUCGUUAUUCCUGCCGAGGGCGACGCUGUCAGAAGCGGGGUUCAUGCCUGCCAAGAAGUGAUAGUAUCGACGAGGAGCUCUUCGCCGUUCAAAAAGUGUCAACAAAGGUGGGCAUCUGGGAUUGUUACCUCACCCGGUGGAGGCAGACGAGAGGGAGGCCAAGUUGCCGAUCUCAGAUUUCCCUUCUGAUAAGUGCCCUGUGGAUGCUUAUCCCCCCUCCUGAAGUGUGCGAACACAAAAAUUGUUGGAUUGUUUGCAGUGUCUCAGAGUUGCGAACAUACCUGACAUUCUUUGUGGUGAGCAACAAGAAGAUAGUGUUUUCUCUGGUUGACAGAGCUGCAAGAGAUUUUGUGAUUCGCUGUUUGACUGAUGGAGGUGCAGUCUGGCAGUAGGGCUAUAUGCUGAGGAAAAUUGGUUCCAGACGACCUUUGGCUUUUUCUGAAACACCACUGCUUUUGUCAGCCUCAGAACACUUCAGCCCACGCGGAGCCACAUAGCCGGGCAGGUUCCAGCAGUAGCUGUUCUCUGCAUCACCAACUGGGACUCCAUGGCUGGCAGUGGUGCUGCUUGAUUCAUUGCACUGUCUGAGGUCCUCCACGUUUGAAUAGUUUCAAUCAUUAUUCAUCUACAGAUACUCCCUGUAGUUUGGAGCUUCAUGGAGGGAUUUCCUGUCCACUGACCUAAAGGGCUGACUUAUUGGACCCGCAGCCAUGUCGGCCUGCAGCACCUUCACAGAGCACGUGUGGAAACCAGGCGAGUGCAAGAACUGCUUUAAACCAAAGAGUUUGCACUGUCUAGCUCAGAGUAGUGGAGGGAAGCCUCUUUCUGAGCAAAGGCCUCAAACAUCCCAGCAACAGAACCUUCCAGCUGCUGGUGCCAGACCCAACCCUAACCAUACCACCACCAACUCCCAGCGGACUGGCAGUGGGUCUGCUCGCUCAGGACACUUCCGUCCACCUGUGGCCAAGAAGCCAACCAUCGCUGUUAAGCCCACUAUGAUGCUGCCCUGCUCCUCUGCAGGACUUGAUUCAGAUGGCAAUCUCCAGCAACCACCAAAUGUAAUAGAGCAGGGGAAAACAUCAGCCUUCACAGUCUGGAAUCGCAAUGGACUGAACCGCAAAAGACCUGGUGGGCCCAGCAACAACAAUGAAGGAGAGGAUGACAAUGAUGAGAUUGAGGGUUAUGGACCACUUAGCCCGAGGACACCUAGUGGAAAUAACAACAGUGGAUUGACAGAUGUGCUUAAAGAGAUUGCUGGUUUGGGCCCUGGUUCUAGUCCCACGCAACUUUCUGGCUCAAAGGACUUGUUUUGGGGUCGGAUCAGUAGUUCAUACCGACGAUCCUUAGAAAGAGGCAUACCAGCUUCAAGCUGUCUGGCUAUGGGAAGUAGUAGUAGUAGUGGUGGUGGUGGUGGUGGGGUUGGGAGCACUGCUCAAAAACGAGUAUCCCUGAGCGACAGUACCAAGAUCAUCAGCACAGAAGGUGGUCGCUUUUGUUAUCCGGACUUUACAAGUGAAAGUGAAGAUGACGAGGAUGAAGAUGAUGAUGAGGAAGACACUGAAAGGGAUGAUGAUGAAGAGCACGAGAGCUGGGAUGAAAGCGAUGAAGAGUUGCUCGCAAUGGAAAUCCGUAUGCGAGGACAACCACGAUUUGCUAAUUUCCGUGCUGCCACGUUGUCUCCCGUUCCCUUUGCUGCGGGGAAAAAGUGGAAUACUGUGCCGCUUCGCAACCGCUCACUACAGCGAAUUUGUGCGGUGGACUAUGAUGAUAGCUAUGAUGAGAUCUUAAAUGGCUACCCUUCCGUGGAUUCCAAUGGAGGGCUCAUUUCCUACGGACCUCAUGAUAUGCAAGGCAGCGGCUUCCUGUCAAAUUCUGAGUCUGCCACUUCUCCUGAAUCAUCGUCCUCAAUACCGGAGGAUUCUCGAACAACAUCAAGCAGUGGUAGCAGUGCUAACUGUGUCCUUCGAAAUGGCUUGCAUUCGCCCACAUUUUGUAAGCCACCUAUCACCUGCACUUCUCCUCCAAAAAAAGAACCCAUCAACAGGGCACUGAGUCCACUAAAGGUAGCUGAAACUCACAAGGCUGUCCUGGCUAUCAGAUUAGAGGAUCAGGAUGGCAGAGAAGGGAUGCCAAUGCCCCAAGCGCUUCCUGGUCAACCAGUCACUAUAAGUUUUAGUCCCACAGAGGAGCAAGCUAAACCAUACCGUGUAGUAAAUUUGGAAAAGUCAUUGAUCUGUAAGCCUUACACUGUAGUAGAUGUCUCAGCAUCCAUGGCCAAUAAAGAUGAACAGAUUCCAGAUUCUUCUCAAAAACCCAAAAACCAAUCGAUGCCUUCAAGCCCUACGACAUCUAGUAGCGCUCCUUCAGCCCAGCCUCUAGCUCCAACGUCCCCAAUAUCUGUGUCUUCUCCUGUGAUGCCAACAUCACCUACUUCUUUUGCUCUGUCAGCUUCAUCCCAAAAGAAGAUUGGCAGCAUACGUUACCAAGAAGUGUGGACAUCAAGCACAAGCCCUCGCCAAAAGAUACCUAAAAUAGAUUCAGGCGUUGGGAAUAAUCCUGUCUCCGCCCUGACCACUCAGCACUGCAGUCACAAGUCAGCUCCCACUUCUCCCAUUGCUGGGCUGUCUUCUUCUCGAACUGUACCUGUGAAAUCCCCCAAUUUAUCAGAGAUCAAGUUUAACAGUUUCAAUAAUGCAGGCAUGCCUCCUUUUCCCAUUAUUAUCCGAGAUGAGCCUGCUUAUGCCCGCAGUGCCAAGAAUGCUGUCAAGGUACCUAUUGUUAUUAAUCCAAGUGCAUAUGAUAACCUAGCUGUGUAUAAGAGCUUUCUGGGACUCAGUGGGGAGCUACCACAGACAAAAGGGAUGGGUAAUAGGGUAGCCAGCCAUACUUAUGAAGAGAUUGGAUCCUCUGAGAGUGUCCAGUCCGCCUCAACAGAGAAAACUCUCUCUGGUAGAGGAACAUCAGAGCGAGCCUCCUUUGAAGAGACAAAGGUUCCACUUGAAGCAGUGUCAAAAGCACCAAAUCUACAACCUAGAACCACUACAGACUCUUGCACUGUGGCAAGCACUGUAAUGGGCUCCACAAGUGGGACAUUCUCACCCACUACAUCAACAAAUCCUCCUGCCAAUCCUGCCAUUACUGCAAAUGCAAACUUACCUGCAGCCAGCACUACUGCCAGUAUUGUUACACACACUUAUAAGACAGGUGGAGAUGCUGCUUGCAAUAAAGAUGAUAAUACAAGCUUAGCUUUAUCUUCUGGGACAGCUGUAAGCCAUAGGGAGGAAGCCAGUGCUGUGCUUUCACAGAUUGUGGCCUCCAUCCAGCCUCCUCAAUCUCCUCCGGAGUCCCCAUCAGCACAAGCCAAAACUUUUAAUUCCGAGGAGCUAUAUGCCCUCCCACCUGAUGCCAUUAAGGAGACCCUUCUUCGGCCCAAGUCUCUCUUUUCCCCAACUGAUGGCUGUCUUUCCAAGUUAAAGAAAGACACACCCUCAAAGAUUUUGUCUAAGUCUCAGAGUGCCUCUGCUGCUGCCCCACUCUCAAGCCCCCAGUCUGAGCCCACUGCCCCCUUCCCUCCUCCAAGAUCUACAUCCUCUCCUUAUCAUGCUUCUAACAUACUCCAGAGACAUUUUGGAAACUGGACCAAGAGCUCUGCCUCCAGUUCACCAGUGCGACCUGGCGAAGGUGAAGCGAGUCCUGGAGGGGACGGGAGACGUAUUUUAGCAGAAAGCUCCAAACCUAAACGCUGGAUUUCCUUCAAGAGCUUUUUUCGUAGGCGGAAAGACGAGGACGAGCAGAGGGAGAAGCUGGAGAAAGAGAAGGAGAAGGGCAAGCUUGUCGGGCUUGAUGGAACAGUCAUUCACAUGCUGCCACCACCACCAGCUCAAAAUCAGCACUGGUUCACCGAGGCAAAAGCAGAAGAUCCCACCCAGAAACCAACCAUUAUCUUCACCUAUAAACCAGACACUGGCAGUAGCCACGGUGAUGGAGAAGGAGAACUACGGGUAGAGGAGUGCAGAGAAACUACACUACUGAAACCUGACGAAAACAAAGAUCCUAGACCUUUGAGUCCAGGCAAAACAACAUCCUCACCCAUGGCUGGAGGAGAAAAUUGCAAGGAUUUAAGCCAGGUACCAGUCAGUGCCAGCGCCAGGGAUCGGGAGCUGCCCAGCGCCACCUCCUUGCCUGCCAAAGUGAAUCUGGGGCUGGUGCUUGGGGAGGCUGCGGAGGGCCAUGCCAACCAGGUUGCUAGUACAGCCGCGGCCAGCGAGGGCAGCGCCAGCCUGGGAGAGCCUGAGGACGAUGGGAUUCACUCUCAUUAUUCUCACUCUCCUGCCUCCAGCCAGUGCAGUGCCACCUACAGCAAUCUGGGUAAAUCUCGAGCCAGCAUGAUCCCACUUAAACAGCCAAGAAACAUGAAAGCAUCCAAUGACACACUGGCCUCCAUCGAAAUUGAAGGCCUCGCUGAGCAGCCAGCCCCUAAAGCCACACCGCCGCCAUUACCCAAAAAAGCAGUUCCUCGUUCCAGUACUGAACCCAUCCUGGGAGGCAAAGAGCCAGUGGGAGGCCUUAGGCCUCGGGCUGAAGCUAAACCGGGGGGCACCAACCUUAGUGUAGCCAACCCUCUUUAUGACUUGGACUCCACCUGGGAAACAGCUAGUCAGAGCUCCUCUCUGAGCUCCGAACCGCAUCGAGGCCACGACCAUGAGAGCGGUGACUCCUUAGAGAGGUCAUCAGCUGCCACAGCUACCAACAAGGCCCGCAUGACCAAUAGCGUGUCCUCUCUGGUCCCUCAGCCUUCACCUGCUGCACCCAGCACAACCCCCGGCAGAGAGAAGAGAGUCUACCCAAGUUCAGAAUCCCUGGCUGGAAGGGGUCGGACCGCGGGUCGCGGAGCUGCCGGAGGCGGCGCAGCCUCCAAACCACAGAGACCUGCUCUUUAUAGGGGGUUAGACAGCUGGGAUGAGGUGGUGGGGAGGAUCCGCGGGCUCCACACAGACACUCUACGGAAACUGUCAGCAAAAUGUGAGGACCGUUUCAUGGCUGGCCAGAAAGAUCAUUUGAGGUUUGGCACUGAAAGCUGGUCCCACUUCAGGCUGACCACUGGGAAACCCUGCUGUGAGGCGGGGGAUGCCGUUUACUACACUGCAUCUUAUGCCAAGGACCCACUGGUCAAUUAUGCCAUCAAGAUCUGUCGGAGCCAGGUGAAGGAGACCCAGCAGCAGUUUUUCCACAGCCUCGCAGUGAGGCAGAGCCUGCCAGUGCACUUCAACAUCCAGCAGGACUGUGGCCACUUCCUGGCUGAUGUCCCUGCCCGCCUACUGCCCUGGGAAGAGGAAGAAGAGGAGGAAGAAGCAGAUAAGGAAGAAGGGGGGCCAACAGUAAAGGACAAAGAGGCUAAGAUGGCAGAUUCAAAAUCGCCUUCUCCAAAUAGGAAACUAGAUGAAGUCCCGGCUGCGGGUCACAUGAACACAGCUGGCCGCUUGAGGAGCCGAGUGGUGGUGAUCACACGUGAGGUGCCCUUCCAAACAGUGGCCGACUUUGUCAGGGAAGGCAUGAGCCGGCACACUCAAAACCCGGAGCUGUAUGAGCGUCAGGUCUGUCUGCUGCUACUGCAGCUGUGCUCCGGGCUGGAGCACAUGAAACCUUUCCACGUGACCCACUGUGACCUGCGACUCGAAAACCUGCUGCUGGUCCAAUGCCAACCUGGCAACCCCUGGAAUCUGGACUUACUUGAGCCCAACAAUAACCGCAACGGCAGCAGCUCGGGGGCAAGCGCCGCAGCCACCGCUGCCGCCAACUCCACCUGCCCCGCACGCCUCAUCAUCAGCAACUUCUCCCAAGCGAAACAAAAGACUACUCUCAUGGCCACUGACCCCGGCACGCUGCGCGACCAGUCGAGGCUGGCACCCGAAAUCAUCACAGCCACCCAGUACCGCAAGUGUGAUGAGUUCCAGACCGGGAUUCUGAUCUAUGAGAUGCUGCACCGACCCAACCCCUUUGAGGAGACGCCGGAGUUGAAGGAGCGGGAGUACACCUGGGCCGACCUUCCACCGCUGCCGGUGAGAUCACUUUACUCACAGGGGCUGCAGCAGCUGGCGCGCUUGCUGCUCACCGUUAACCCCUCCGAAAGAAUCCGGAUGGCCGAGGCGCGGGCCUGCCUCCAGUGCCUCCUCUGGGGACCUCGGGAGGACUUGUUUCAGGCGCUGGGCUGCAGCAGCACCGGGCCUAUGUCCGGGGCCACUUCGAGCCAGCGCGAGGCCACCCUGCAGAACUGGCUGGACCUCAAGCGGACACUGAUGAUGAUCAAGUUCGCAGAGCGCUCGCUGGACAACGCCUGUGGUGUGAGCCUGGAGGACUGGCUGUGCUGCCAGUACCUGGCGUUCGCCACCACAGAGACCCUCAGCCGGGUGGUGCACAUCCUGCAGCAGCCCCAACAGCAUCCCCCAUCUCCGAAUGAGAACCAGCCAGUGCACCCAGCACAGAACCAAACUCAAAUACAUCCAGCACACACCUUCCACUUGACUCCUUCACAGCCACUCUGAGUUUCUCUGCCCAACUGUUACUAUGGCAACAGAGCCAACAUAUCCCCCCUGUGUGGUCCCUCUGCUGAUGUUAAAAGUGUGAUGUAAGCUAAUAGUCAGCUCCACAGUGCUCACCUAAAACAAAACAGCUGCUUGUGCUGUGUCUGUGUUUUCUUCUUGGACUGAAUCGGCCGUGCGAGACGCUCAUUCCCCUCAAACGCCCAGGCGCCAUGAUCAGGGUUAUCAAAAGCAGAAAAACGUGGCUUUCAGACACUGUGUUCUCAAAGCAAGUCCAAAUAACAGCCCUAAAACAUUCAAGCUAAUUGAAAUCAUUUUGGCUCUCCUCAUCAAUGCCCCGCGUCUUCACAUAUCAUGAGUUUUAUCACUCCACAAGUACUAAACUGAGGAUUUUACCAAACUUGUGAAGAAUUAUUUUAAGAUUUUGUGUUUCUGAGACAAGUCUCCAGACUUGGAGAGUUGUGAGUACUCCGUGUUAAAUAUCAUUUUCAUGCCAUCUGUCUACAGGGUUUGAGGGAGUGUGAAAUGAAAUAACUAAGCUUUUACGGUGAUGCGUAUUGAUAUUCUGCAAGUUUUGUCUGACAUCUAAAGGGACACCACGGUCAGAAUUUUAGAAAGGAAACUUUGAGAAUUUGGAGAGUUUCAUCCCAAUAAUUUGACUCUUUGUUACGCAGUGUUGUAUUAUAAGCAAGUUUUAUUUGAAUCAGAAAAAAGGGGGGUGUAGGGUGGAUUUGAAAUGAAGGGAGUGGAGGAAAAACAAGCUUUGGCCAGACAUGAGGACGUGGCUAAACAUUGAAUUUAAUAUAUUUUAGUCAUGACAUUUGCACAGCUGAGACUUCCUCAUUUACUCAUUGUGCUUUUAGAAAUUCAAAAGCCAGUAUGAAGUUGAAAUUAACAAAAUAAAUUAAAAAAUAAAUAAUAAUCUAUCAUAACACAUUUCUGCACAGAGCUUUGUAGAGGUGGGUGACGAACGCUGAGCUAAACUUGGCUUUUCAUUUAAUGUUUUUUUUUACGCUUCGAAAUUGGAAAAGGCUCGACCGCCCUGGCUGCUGGUUUGGGUUCUUGUCGGCGUAUGUGCAAUUAAUACCUGUCUUUUGUUAUUUCUUUUUGAGGUAACAGCAUUAUGCAGUCUUUUACUAAUACUCUCUUCCUUUUUGUUUUGUUUUGUUUUGUGGCACAUAAACUGAUCAGUUUCAUUUCAAUCCUGCAACUUAAGAAGCAAGGUAAAGUUCAGUGGAAAGUACUUCUUAUAGUGGAUGGGAUAUUUCAGGGACUGCAAAAAAGUUAUUCUUUGUCGAUCGUUUUAUCUUUUUGUCGAGUUGUUUUUGAACGGUUCUGCAUUACGGAUGACAUUUGCACAUUUACAUUUGGAACGCUGGUGCCCCUCGGUGGAGCCCGGAGCACACGGUGAGACUGAGUAAAGUUCCUGUGAAUCUGAGGAGCUGGAUCUGAUGUGUUUUGCAGCGUGUGGAAUGUAAACGUUUGCGUGGACUGAAACGGACAUUUGUUCUCAUCUGCUCUACAAAUGUGCUUUUUUUUGUUGAACCACUUUGUUUCAUAUAUAAAUUCUAUCUUGGAGAGAAACUAAUUACACAACCACUGACACUUGCUUCCAUUCCUCCUAUCUUGUUUGUUUCCCCUCUUCUUUUUUCCCCCUUUACCAGUAGGAGAGUAAAUCCUGUAUUGAUGCUUCUGCUUGUCACUCUGAAUUAAACGAGCUCUGUGUUAUUGA